AUGAUCAUCAUCAAAUUUCCUUCUUUAUUUUCUCCUCUAGUUCAAUAUCAUCAUCAUUUUUUCUUUCUUUUCCAAUCGUUCAUUAUUGUCAUCAUCAUAAUCAUCAUUUUUCUUUCUUCUUUUCACUUCCGUCCAAUAUCAUCAUCAUCAUCGUCAACUUCCUUCUUAGUCUCUUCAAACUUUGCUCUCUUUCGUUUAUGGUAUCUUAUUUCUAAUAUGAUACCUUCGCCUCUUUCACGUGAAAUGGGAUUUCUUUUUUUUCUUCCUUUCUUUGCAUUUAUUUUCUUGUUUUAUAUUCUUUUUGUUUCUUUGUUUCUUUCUACUAACUUUUUCUCCAUCACUCUCUUUGUUUUUAUUUGUUUGUUUUUAUUUUUUUUUUAUUAUUUACUCCUCUCUUUUCAUAUUGAUUUAAAAAAAAAAUAUCUUCCCUUUCUUUCUCUUUAUUUUCUUUCAUUUUCAUUUACUACUCUCCUUCUUAUCAUCUUUCCUUUUGUUCUUUCAUUAUUUUUCUUAUUAUUAUUUCGUUCUAAUCUACUUUUUCUCCAUCGAUUUCUUUUUCAACUUCUUUUUGCUUCUUUUCUUUUUCUUUCAUUUUUUCUUUCUACUACACUUUUCUUCACUUUCUCUUCUCAUUUUUUCUUUUCAUUCUCUCUCAUUCGCACCCCCAUCAUUGUUUCUUUUUUGUUUGUUUUCUUCUUUCUUCCUUGUUUUCUUUCGUCUUUCUUUUUUCUUUCCUAUUUAUUCUCUUAUUUAUGUUUUUUUUUCUUCUUCCUUUACUUCAAUAUUUUCAUUCACUCAACGUCAAUAUUUUCUUCUUUAUUUUUUUGUCUACCAUACUUUAUUUCAUUCUUAUUUCUUUCAAACUUUUAUACUAUUUAUUUUCUUUUUUAUCCUUCUCCAUUCCUUCCUCUAAUUUCUUUGUGUGUUUGCUUCCUUCAUUUCUUUUUACGCUCUUGUCUAUAUCACCGCUUUUUCAAAUCCUUCUUUUAUGCUCUCCUCAAUUCUUUUCUUGCCCUUUUUCUCGCCUUGUUUUUAGCAGACUUCUUCUUUACCCAUAUUUAUAUAUACUUCUUUUUUAUCUUCCACGCCGAUUUCUCCAUCAAUCUAAAGCCAACAAAUACAUCAUUCUUAUAA